AGACGCGGUGUCCCUGUUACUUUCCAAGUGGGACAGGGACGGUGGCACGAAAAAGGGGAAAUGGGGAGGGAAAAAAGAAGGAAAAGGGUGGGAGCGAGAAGGGUGGAGGGGGGAGGGACAGGAGAGGAGCGCAGCAGGAUAAUCGCGUCGCACUCACGUCGCAUCCUGCACCUCCUGUUGUUGCACGGAGAGGGAGUGGGGGUACACGCAAGUCGGCGGAACAGAUGCCCUGCCUCUGAUUGGCGGUUGGCCCGCGACCGGCCGUCCCCUAUUGGCGGGUAGCGCGGGGCCCGCAGGCCUGCAUUGGCCAGGCAGCACGUGCGGGCCACCUGCACCUGGUUGGUGGGGUGACGGGUUAUAAAAGGCCCAGACGCACCCCCCUGCCAGUCAGAGACCGGCUUGCAGCCGAACUGUUUUUAGAAUCUCGAGUUCUCACGUUCCUUCCGAACAUUGUACACUCGAGUUCACCCGCCAACCGUUUAUCUCUUUCCUUUUUUCUUUUUUUCCUUUUUUUUUUUUUUCCUUCCCCUCUCCCUCCACCUUUACUCUAUCCUCUUCCUUUUCUUUUAUAUCCCGCUCGUGACAUCGAAUCACGUUUAACCUCCGGUGCCGGUCGAACAGACAGUUCAGUUCACUCCCGACGAGCGAACGGUGAACAUCAAUUUCCCGCUCGAGACCAGAAGAGAUCAUCGUUCCGUGUGUUUGCUACGAGAAAGUGGACGAGUCGAGUCGAGAGACGAAGAGAAGGAGGAAAGGGGGACUGUUUCUCACAGACUGUUUUAUUCGGGACAAUUAAAUGUGACAGUGAAGUGAUCGAAUCCCAGAGGAUUAUCUCCAGACGAUAUAGAUUAUCUUGACUUGUAUUGAUUUGGUGUGAAUCAGUGAAUCGGAACAAUUUGGAAUUAAUUAUCGCAGUGUCACGGCUUCGCGGAUAUUCAUAUAUACCUGCGAACUGCCGACUAUUAAUUUCUAAAGAGUGCGAAGAUCACGGUGAAAAAGAUUUGUCAAGAUGUUGGUCGAAGAAGUGCCGAGAAGUUUCGUGAAGAAGAACAACAAUUACAGCCACUGUCCGUUGAAAAAACGGCCAGUCCAAAUGCUGGACGAAGAAGUAACGGAAGUUAAAGAAGAGAUAGAAAUCGAUGUCGUGAUGGACGAUAUACCCGAGCCAGAGAACCUGAGUACAAAGCCGGAAGAUUUGAGUAAAACUGCGGAACGUAAUCAGCAACAGGAGCAGGAGGCAACGGAGCAACAACGUCCGUCCAACGGGUCUCCAUCGCCGAUCCCGAAAGUUUCAUCCUCGCCCCCGUUGACGACCAGGCCGACAUCCCCGAACGCGGCAUUACACGGUCACAUCCACCCCGUGCAUCACAUUCACCACCAUCACCAUUACCCGACGAAAGUGAUCACUCCACCGGUUGGAAUCGCGCCGAUUCACCCGGUGGCCAAGAAGGCGCGAGUGGAAGUGAUCCAACACGACAAUUCGUCGUCGACGGGCGCCGUGACGGCCACGCCCGCCCCCCUGCACUUCAUGGCGAGCAAAGCGCCCCUCGAGCCUCUCAAUUUGAACACGCCGGUCGAGUCGUUGCCGCAUUACGCGGCUCCGGCGUGGGCGCGGACCGCUCCUCUUUACCCCCCUCACUAUCUCCCCUACCCGGCAGCGUAUCACCGUUACCAUCCCGCGGCCGCGGACCUGUACCCAUCCUACCCGAUGCCCGCUUAUCCGCACUCGUCCCCGGAGCAUCAUCAGGCGGUGUCGCCGCCGCCGCACAGCGCCCUCACCUGCCCAACGAUACAGCGACCGAUCGCGAGAAGUUACGCGCACUGGACGAGCCCGGACCACUGCGGCCUGUCCCCGACGAGCUCGUUGGGGUCCGGGUCGUUGAGGUCGCCGCCGCCCGUCACACCGGAGGAUCUAUCCUCUCCCGGGAGCGACAGCGGAAGAUCAUCGGCUGGGAGCACGUCGGCGGGUAGCGCGAUCGUCCAUCCGAAAAUCGAGAAAUCCGGGGUAUCGAGCAGCUCGACCGCGUCCAUGUCUUCGAAUUCGUCCUCGUCCUCGUCCUCGUCUUCGUCGACGUCCCCGAGAUACCAGUGCCCGGACUGCGGCAAAUCGUACUCCACGUAUUCCGGGCUGUCGAAGCACCAACAGUUUCAUUGCGCGGCCGCCGAGGGCCAGGCGAAGAAGUCGUUCUCGUGCAAGUACUGCGAGAAGGUGUACGUGAGCCUGGGCGCGUUGAAAAUGCACAUUAGAACGCACACGUUGCCCUGCAAGUGCCAUCUCUGCGGGAAAGCGUUCUCCAGGCCCUGGCUCCUCCAAGGGCACAUCAGAACUCACACAGGGGAGAAACCGUUCAGCUGUCAGCAUUGCAACCGCGCGUUCGCCGACAGGAGUAACCUGAGGGCGCACCUCCAGACGCACAGCGACGUGAAGAAGUAUUCGUGCACCUCGUGCAGCAAAACGUUUAGCAGAAUGUCGUUGUUGACCAAACAUCAGGAGGGUGGAUGUCCGGGCAUAACCGUCCCGAUGGGCUAUGCCUCUUGAGGGCGUUCACUCUCGACUCGAGGGAAAGAGGUGGUGGUGGUGGUGGUGGUGGUGUUGCGCUCGAGUACCGAACGAGGGAUAACCGGUGAUCCCUCUCCGACACGGAUUCCUUCCGACACGUUCCUUUGUUAAAAAGAGAGAGAAAAAGAAAAAAGAAUAUUACGUAUUAGUCUUUUUUUUUAAACGUCUCGAUUGAUCGAAGUGCCUUACGCGUUGAUUACGGAGUACAAACGAAUAAAAAAUAGAAUAGAGGAAUUAGGAAAUAGAAACAAUCGGAGAAAUUUCUUCCUCGAUCGAGAGGAGGGGGGAGCGGGGUGGAUAGGUGGGUGGGUUGGUUCUCGGUGAAAUUCGCAUUUACAGGGAGAAUGAUAAAUAAAAUGGAGAAAAGAAGGGAAGAAAAAGAAAAAUUUGACCGAGACUCGAGAAGAUGGAGACACAGACGAGUACCUGGCUUUCGAUUAAAAUUCACGCUCGUUGAAACGAAGAGGUGAGUUUUAAACGGAAUCAUCGAUACAACGCAACUGUCGAGGAACUGAAUUCGAAGAUAUUUAGACAUACGCGUUCUCUCGAAGGGUUUAAGGGGUUUAAUUAUUUUUUUUUUCUUUUUUUUUUUACAGGAGGAGGGAGAAAAAUUGGAUCGAUUCGAGCGAUCGUUCGAAUUUAUUUCUCUCUUUUUUUGAUGAUUGAUCAUUUCUUAAUGUUUCUCUCUCUCUCUCUCUCUCUUCUUUUUUCCCUUUCGUCGAAUUUCCUUCGUCGUCCCGGUUGUACAUAGUUUCGGUGUGCGCGUGUGUGAAAAUCGAUGAGAAUGGAUGAGUUUCAAUUGAUUGUACUUAGAGGACGAUACACGAAGAGACGAUUUAUUAUCGUACCUUUCGAGCGAAAUUUUCGAGCCGAUGAGAGAAUUAAGCAGGAAACGGAUGUGAAGCAUCGAUAUGCUAACCGCUUGACGCGGUCCCGUGAAGCUGACGUGCCAUUUUUGUAUUUUUUUUUUUUUUUUUUUUUUUUUUGCGCCUAUUUUCUUUUUUUAUCUCCUUUGAUUAUUUCCGUUUUCGAUCGAUUCGAGCGGAUGAUAUACGUACACGCGGAAAAAGCGAUCUUCGUAAGUGACAUUGCUCUUUUUUUAAAAAUGAAAAAAGAAAAUAUAUAUAUGUAUAAACAUAGAAGAAAAUGGAAUGGAAACAAUAAACGCGUAUAUCGCGUAAUCGUGCAGCAAAGUGCCAUUUUUUUCCCCCGAAAUCGUGUGCCACGUGCGAGAAACAUCGAUUAUAAAUAUAUAUUGUUUGAAAGGCACGCACGAGAAAACGAAGUAUUAUCGAUUGGUCAGGAGGACACGUGAAACGAAAUAAAAACGAGAAAAUACAGUCGAACGGUCCAGUGUCCGAGACUUUUCUCGUUUUUUUUUUUUUCCUAGUUGUCUUUUCGAGAUAAGAUUUGAAUUUUGAUGAAACAAGAACGAGGCAAAACAAUGAUGGAGAGCGAGAAAACUGAACUAUUUUAUUACAGUUGAUUUUGUCUUUUCGUUUCCUCCCCCCCCCUUUUUUGUAUUUUUUUUCUUUGCGUUUUCUUUCCUUUUUUUUUUUUAUUUUUUUUAUUUUUUUUUUUUUCUCUUGUAAAUCACUGUAAGUUACUCGAAGAAACUAGUCAUUGUAUAAUAUAAUCUAAUUUGUGCGAGGAAUAGGAAUGAGAGGCUCGCUGCGAGGUAAAUUACUUUGAUUGGUCUGCUGGUACAUAUUCCUCGUAGAGAGAUCGCUCGAAAAAGAUUAUAUAAAUUAAAAUGAUGGAGCCGUCGAAACGAUAUACCCAUGGUAUAUUUUCUUCAUUAUAUUUGAAAUAUAUUUCUGUAAAAAAAAAAAAA